CCGGGCCGGCCUCCCCAGGACUCCCCGACAUGACCCAGCACGAGGAAGGCCGACGUGCCUCCUACCCCCAGAGGCCCGCGGAUCCCGCCAAGCUGCCCUUCUCCAUCGACGCCAUCCUGUCCAAGGCUGGCCCGCAGCCUCGGGGGUCCCCUCGGGACCCGGGGCUCCUGGGCUGGGCCCCCCCGCUCGGCCCCCGCUGGCAGCUGCCCGGAGAUCACGCCGCGGGCUGGAUGCCCCCCUUUGCCGGCGUUUACCUGUGGGGGGCUUCUCCCACCGCCUCGCUGUCGGCGGCCCGCGGCCCGCGCCCCGUCUGCCCCACCGCAGCUCUCCUAGGCCUGGAGCUGCCGGACUGCGCCGCCCUGCGAGGCCCCCUGACCUGGGGCCAGGCUGACUAUCUGAGGAAGAUGGACAGCAGCCCCAAGCCAAGCCGCAAGAGGAGCCGGACGGUGUUCAGCGCCGAGCAGCUGGACGAGCUGGAGAAGGCCUUCCUGAAGCAGCCCUACCUGGUGGGGAUGGAGAGGACCCAGCUCGCCAAGCAGCUGCAUCUCUCCGAGACCCAGGUGAAAGUGUGGUUCCAGAACCGCAGGAUCAAGGGGCGUAAGCAAAGCCUGGAACAGAAGAAAAAAAAGCUGCCCACGGCGCCCUUGUCCCCGCCCAUGUCGCCCCAGGAGCCCAGCAGCAGCAGCGAAGACAAAGACGGAUGCCCGCAGGAAUCUGCGCCUUCCAGAACGGCCGGCAGUUAUCCUUGUCCCGUCCUCCCGACGGCGGGGCCUCGGCCUUGCGAAUCCCGCGUAGCCCCCAGCCUCCCUGGGAGUCUCCGAGACGAAGGCUGUGCUUCAAAGGCCUCGGUCCCCCGGGAAGGGCCGCGGGGAGGCACGGUGGGCUCUGCAGAGCUCCAAGGGAAGCCUUUCAAAGCCGGACUGGCCACACUGGUCCUCUCGGCCAAGCAUCUUCAGCAGUCCCCUGCCACAAACAUUAAGUGCUUAUGA